AUGCCGCUUCCUAUCUCUGGCCCUCAUCAACGAGGCCAAAAGUUAUACCAGAAGGGUGACUUCAAGGCUGCUAUCGAAGCCUUUGGCGAGGCGUUGAACGUGAAAGAUGCCGAUGCGAUCGGUAUUCUUGAUAACCGUGCUGCUACAUACUGUAAGCUUGAACAGUAUGAUCUGGCACGCCGUGAUGCGAAACAUAUGAUUAAGAAAGGCAAAGAUGAUGACCGAGGUUAUCUGCGCUGUGCCAAAGUUCUACUUUUAGAAGGAAAGCCAGAAAAGGCGUUGGAGAUCUACGCAUAUGGUUUGAAGGUUCUCCCGCGCAAACAUCCGCGUCGAGAGAUGAUGGAGCUUUUACACAAGAAGCUCCACGAUCGCAUGAUGCUCAAUCGGAAUGAUCCCUUCACCAUGCUUCCUCUUGAAAUCGCGGCUAUGGUGAUUCAACACUUCACUUUCAAAAACAUCGUGGCGAUCCUGCGGAUCGACUUGUCUGGAGCGCGAGGCAAAGUGCCAUGGACAGCAGUCCGAUCAUACAUCCGUCGCUCAAAGGCUAUGCUCACUCGUGCCAUCAUCAAGAACCUAGCCACUCCAUCUACGCCUAAAACCAUGGAAUUCUUGAGCAGAUGUCCGCGCAUUGAACAUCUCGAAUUGUGGGUUGACUACGACUUCAAGGAUUUCUUCCAAAAGUUCAAAGGUCACAAACAAUUAAAGAAUCUUACUCUGUCGCCUGACAUAUCGGUAACGCACGAUAAUUUCGGCAGACUCCUAAUUGAGCUCCCCCGCCUCGAGCGCAUUGCCCUGUGGAACGUGAGGCCCUCCACAUUAGCUUUUAUUGAAGGUGGACACUGGCCGAAGAGUCUCUCCAACCUCAAGAGCAUCACAUUGGCCACUCAGCAGAUUCCAACCCCACCCAUGACUGUGCCCGGCGUGCUUCUGCCUAACCUCCUUGUGGACAUUGAACCUCGCGCCUACCCGAACCUGGAAGAGCUCCGACUUGACUGGAACCCACCACGGUACCAGCAAAUCUUCAUGCAACACUAUGAGGGGUUCUAUCCACCACUCCGCCGUCUCGACCUUAGCGGGCUAUGUAUCGAGCGGGACACGUUUGUCCACCUGCCCACCAGUCUGGAGUGCCUCCGCAUCGUGGGAGGGAAAUCGACGCCUAUAGUUUUGGAUGCCUUGGAUAAUAAUUUACCAAAUCUGAACACCGUUAUUUUCCUCGAUGCGGGGUUUGUCACUGGGGAAAUUCUCGCCACAUUCCUCAUCGGUACACUAGCACCGAUCCAGACCGUGUUCAUUGACCAGUGCUUCAAUGUGUCUGCCGCCGACCUGAAAGCCAUCCUGGCGAUGAAACAUCAUAAUCCCAACUUCAAGCUCUCUGAACUGAGUAUCUCUCAUAUGCGCGAUGUUAAUGAUGCUUUUGUGCGAUACAUCCUGGGAAUCGCCCCUGAUGUAAAAGUCCUAAACGUUUCUCACACGCGCAUCAGUGGGGUCACAAUCCGAAUGUGCGCCGAUGCUAGAACUACCACCGAUGGAGUCAAGCUCGAUCGGCUGCUUGUCGGCGGCUGUGAAGAUGUAUCGUCCGAUGCUGUGGCUUAUGGACGCGAAAGAGAAUUAGAGGUGAUAACAUAG